GUUCAUCGUCAAAAAUUAUAUGGUUACAUGAAGAAAACAAUGAAGCAAAUGACAUAUUAAGAGGAAAAGGACUCAGUUCCAGCUGGGCGUCUGUUCCCGUUAAAGGCAUUAAUAACUUAGGAAACACAUGUUUCUUUAAUGCUGUUAUGCAGAACUUAGCACAGACACACAUGUUAAGUGAGCUAAUGUGCGAAAUGAAAGAAAAGGGGACAAAACUAAAAAUAGCUCAAAGCCCAGCAUCUCAACUGGAUCCAUUGGUAGUGAAUCUUUCGAAUCCUGGAUCUCUGACUUCAGCCAUGCUCCUGUUUCUUCAUAGCAUGAAAGAUGCUGGAAAAGGUCCUCUUUCUCCUAAAAUUUUGUUCAACCAGCUCUGCCAGAAGGCCCCUCGGUUUAAAGGAUUUCAACAACAGGACAGCCAGGAGGUGCUCCACUACUUGUUGGAUGCAAUGAGAAUAGAAGAAACAAAGCGCAUACAAGCUGCAAUCUUAACAGCAUUUAAUAAUCCAACAAGUAAAACAGCGGAUGAAGAAACCAAACGAAGAGUCAAAG